UACUACAGGAUUUUUGAUAUAAAUAGUCGACGGACCCCGAACAGUGGCAUACACAGUUGAAGCUUCGAAGGAUCAACAGUACAAAGUCUAACAGUACAACAUGUCUAAGUUCACUUGCUUGCUUCUGUGCGUCGUGGCUGUGAGCUUGAGCAAAGUUCAUGCCACAGAAGAGGAGAAGGAGGCUAUCCGUGCGGCUGUGAGGCCUAUUAUGGAAGCAUGCGGUAAGGAGCACGGAGUUACCCUGGAUGACCUGAAGGCCGCUAAGGCUGCACACAGCGCUGACGGCAUCAAGCCCUGCUUCCAGAGCUGUGUCUACAAGAAAGCUGGAAUUUUCAACGACAACGGUGAAUACGACAUUGCCAACGCUAAGACCAAGCUCCAGAAGUUCGUGACCAAUGAUGAGGAGUACGCCAGAAUUGCUGCCGUUGGCAAGACAUGCGCUUCAGUGAAUGACAAGCCUGUGACCGAUGGAGCCGCUGGAUGCGAUAGGGCUGCGCUGUUGACCGCAUGUUUCUUAGAACACAGGGCUCAGUACAACAUGUCUAAGUUUACUUUUUUCGUUUUGUGUGUUGUAGCUGUAAGCUUAACCAAGGUUCAUGCCAGUGAUGAAGAUAAAGCGAAGCUACAUGAAGCCCUGAAGCCUCUUGUAGAGGAGUGCAUGAAGGACCAUGAAGUUAGUCUUGAUGACCUAAAAGCUGCCAAGGAGGCACAAAGCGCAGACGGAGUCAAGCCCUGCUUCUUAGCUUGUGUGUACAAGAAAGCUGAAGUUCUUAAUGACAAAGGCGAAUUCGAUGCGGACCACGCUCUAGAAAAAUUGAAAGAGUUUGUGAGUGAUGAAGACGUUUUAGCAAAAGUCGCUGAAGUUGGAAACACCUGCAAAGCAGUGAAUGACAAGGCCGUGAGUGAUGGAGAUGCUGGUUGCGAGAGGGCCGCACUACUGACAGCAUGCUUCUUGGAGCACAAAGCUGAGAUACUCGUCUAAACGGAUAACGGAUUCAAGAGAAAGUUGGCUGCACUGAUUGAUUGUAUACAGUUCUUUUUUAUUUUUUAAAUGUAAUAUAUUUGUUUGAAUUUUAUCAAUUUUAUUGUUUUAUUCAAAAUUGUUGGUAUGUGUACCAUUUUGUUCCCACAUCUCUAAAAUAUUAUGUGGAAAAAAAUAUUUUACAUAAAGAAAUUAUUUUCUCUUUAAAAAUA